AUGGAAAACGUACGCAGAGGCUGGCUUAGAAACGGCCUGAGCUUGAGCUUGAGCUUGAGCUUGAGCAUUUUUGUAAACUUCUGGCAUUUCCCAAGAGCUUUGUUUGGUUUCGGUGUUAUACCAGUACUUGCGCCCACCCGCAGCAGUAUAUUCUUUCCAUGGCUGAUUUGCCAAAGCGCGCUGGAGAGCUAUCAGCAGUGUUCAAAAAUAGCGGUACAAGGAAAAGAAUACACACCUCCACUGGAGUCAUUAAUUCCAAUGGUUUGGUCCAUUGGGUGGCUUUGGUUUGAACAUUGUAGUAGUAAACCCUGCCCUCGGCAUUCCGUGCCUCCUGCCAGAGAGCUGGCGGUAUCUGUAGACUUUCUGGGGCAUUCAUCGUGA